AUGCCGUCUCUCGAAGGUCUCACUGAGGGGCAGCCAACCCUGGACGCCAUCAACAAUGCAACUGCCCAAGAGACCGAAGAACUCACUUUCCCGCCAGUCACAAAGGAGCAUAUUUUGAACUGUUCGUACGAUAGUUGGUUCCCGAAGUACCGGACUGUGUCGAUCAGAUCCAGGAUCAUCAAGCUAUCGCCUGACUUUGUCCAAUACAUCCGUGACGACGGCAUUAUCCUCGCCGACGACGAUGAGCCGCAAGAGGACGAAGCAGAGGAGGAAUGGUCCGCUUCGUCGAAUACAGCCGGCGCACCACGACGAAACCAACAUCUCGAAGAAGAUGACUCGGACGACGAACCCGAAGCUGACUGCCGGCCGCCCAAUGAGCGAUUCCCUGAAAUCCACCAAGAAAUCAAGGAGAGGAUCAAGGAGCUGGGCGGUUCCGUUGCGCCGAAGCUGAACUGGUCAGCACCGAAAGAUGCCGCUUGGAUUUCGCCGCAUCAGAACACGCUGAAAUGCACAACGCCCAACGACAUUUACCUCCUGCUCAAGAGCUCUAGCUUCGUUAGCCAUGAUCUGGAGCACGCCUUUGAGGACACCGUCCCCUCCUCCGCCAAUAGGCCUUUCCAACCGGUCCUGGUCCUGAGACCCUUCUUUGCGCCAAACCCGGCCCUCGAGUUCCGGUGCUUCGUCAAACAUCGCACUCUGAUUGGUCUUUGCCAGCGUGACUGGAACUAUUACCCCUUCCUCGGUGGUUUACGACCCGCAUUGGUAUCCAAGAUCACCGACUUCUUCGAAGACCGCCUGCGCUUCACCUUCCCGGACGGCUCAUUCACGUUUGACGUUUACGUUCCCGGGGACAGCGACUCACGCGACGAGCUUGGUAAGGUGCGCCUUAUCGAUAUCAACCCCUGGGCGCCUCGGACAGAUAGCCUGCUCUACAGCUGGGUGGAAUUGCUAGAGCUCAAGGUUCCAGGACCCAUCCUAGGCUCAGUUGUCAACGAAGAAGAGAUUAUUAGAAUAGGCCCAGGUGUCAACGAGGAAGACCUUGUUGAUGGCAGUGGCGUUGAAGAAACGACAGACGAUGAGGAUGUUGACGAAUUGGUGCCUGAAUUGAGAUUGGUCGAGAAGGAUAACCCUGCCGCCUUCAACUUCAGCACACCGCAGUACUCGGCGCAUAAGCUUCCCAAGGAGGUCGUUGAGGCCAGUAUGUCAGGCGACGGUGGCUUGAGGGAGUUCGCUCAGAGGUGGAAGGAGAUGACGGAGGCUGAGGGUGGAGGCGAUGUCUGGGAGAAUCCUCCCACAGCUGAGUCGUGA